GUCGUUGUUGGUGUUGUAGUUGGUACUGCUGUAGUUGUAGGUGGGGAAGUUGUAGUUGAUACUUCUGUAGUUGUAGGUGGGGAAGUUGUAGUUGAUACUUCUGUAGUUGUAGGUGGGGAAGUUGUAGUUGAUACUUCUGUAGUUGUAGGUGGGAGAGUUGUAGUUGGUACUUCUGUAGUUGUAGGUGGGGCAGUUGUAGUUGUUACUGUUGUAGUUGUAGGUGGGGCAGUUGUAGUUGGUACUUCUGUAGUUGUAGGUGGGGCAGUUGUAGUUGUUACUGUUGUAGUUGUAGGUGGGGCAGUUGUAGUUGGUACUUCUGUAGUUGUAGGUGGGGCAGUUGUAGUUGUUGCUGUUGUAGUUGUAGGUGGG